CGAGCCGAGCACUUCAGCACUCCACAGGCGCCACGAACCACCGGCCAAUCUGACGACCAGAGGGACCAGGACCAGUCGUCACAGUAACUUACCUAGGGUAUUUUACUUAUCCAACUUUGGGAGUCUAAAUUAACUAUGGAUCUGUUUUUCCGCAAUGAAGCCAGGGGACGACAACUUGGACUAGCUGCAAAAUAGUACUCACGUGUUGGCUGUUUCGAGGAUUUCGAAUUUCGUCCGUUUCUCUAUCGUUCUUCACGCCCCGACCUCAUGUUCAGCAACAUGAACGGUGUAGUAAGAAACGCGUUGCGCUUAUCAAAAAACGUUUUAAGGCCAACGUCGGCUGUUAAUACAAUUCGGCUGCACGCGGAAAGAGCGUUAUGGACCGGGUGUAGCCGGUCGGUUGGCGAAACCUCUUUCAUAGCUACGGCUAAAAAUUACAAGUCAGAGAACCACUCGAACUGCACUUGCUGUAGAGGCGCUCACACGAAGGCGGAGAAAGAUCUGGUCGAAUUCCUGGCCGAAGAAAUAGUCGCGGAGAAGAAAGCCCAAAAGUUGAAGACCAUUCCCACCGAAGUAGAUGGGUUUAAGGUUUCCCUCGAUGGCGCUGAAGUUUCAUUGGAAAAGAAACAAGGCGAUUCGGUAAUCAAAAUCAGCUUCAAUGUGAACCACACGGUCGACGCGGAGCCAGAUCCAGAAAUCGAUCCUCGUGAUGAUAAAGUAAACAUUGGAGAGAUGAAAAGCAAACCUACUUUUGAAAUCGACAUCGUAAGAGGAAACCAGACGUUAGGAUUUAGGUGUUCGUUCAACAGUGAGCCAGGAGCAUCUGGAGCAGACGAUAGUUAUAAUGACAUUUUUGGAAUCGAUGAGAUCACCCUCUACGAAGGCGAGUACACGGAGAAGGUGUAUGCUGUUGCUGGAGAAGUGGUCGAUGCGUACCUUUACGAUCUGCUCAUGAAUUAUCUGGAAGAAAAGGGCAUCACAAACGAAUUUGCCGAGAAGCUGGUCGACUUAAGUACGAAUUACGAGCACACUGCAUAUAUCAGUCUGCUCGAGGGACUUUCAAAGUUCACCAGCAAACCGUAAUUUUAACCGUAAUAGCAUUUAUGAUUAGAUAAUACGUGUUAUACGAAAUAAAAAUGUACAAUGUAUAGUCGUACGUAACCGUUAAAUAUAUCAUUCCUUCUCGUAUCA